UAUGACUGACGAGAAUAAGGAUAAUUAUCAUGAUACCUUAAGAUUUCUAUCUGUCACAGAAAAGCAAUGCAGACAUCCCAUUCCACCAUACUAUACAAUUUUAGUGGAAAUUAUGGCUGAUAGAACAACGAAGGCUAGAAAGAUAGUUUGCGACUCUAAUAACCCAAAAUUAACUAAAUGUCCACCUGGAUAUAAUAACGGUGAAGUUUAUUAUCACAGAACUUUGAAUGAGGGCUGCCAAGAAAUGUGUAUUAACAGCGCUAGCGCUGCUUGUUAA